GAGGAGUAUUGAGAACACAAAUCCGAUAUCGCCAGCAUCCUUCCAACAUUUGCAUAGUCUGCUAUUCCCAGCGCUUCACUUGCCGUGACUUCUACGGCGUCAAAGUCCCUAGGAAACUCCUCCAUGGCGCUACCCUCUCCGUCCACCCCGUAUCGCCAGAUACGAGCUAGAUUCGACUCCGACACAAUCACCGUCUACCAGGCCUAUCCCUCAACCAUUGCCAUCCCAGCAGUCGCAAACCAGAAACUGGAUGCAUCACCAAACUUCAGCGUAACAAGAAUGACCUGGAUAAAGCCUUCCUGGGCGUGGAUGCUGUACCGGUCCGGUUACUCUUACAAAGACCAGGGUCAAGCGCACAUUCUCGCUCUGAGAAUGAAGCAAUCGACCUUUCUUGGUCUUUUACGAAACGCUGUCCUAUCGCACCACUCCAGUGUGAAGGAAGCAAAGAGCAAGGGAGAAGGAAGAACAGGAACAGUGAGGGUGCAAUGGGAUCCUGAGAGGACACUGAGGCUGGAGAAGUUGUCAUAUCGAAGUAUUCAGAUUGGAGUUCCUGCCGCCCAUGUGAAAGAGCUCAUGGAUGGGAUUGUAGAGAUCGAAGACGUCACCCAGAGAGUCAGAGAGCUGAAGUCGUUGCUUGAUGAGGAUGUCGAUGGGAGAUUGACGCUGGAGGACCUAAUUCAGAAAGGCCUAGCGCCGAGGGAAGCUGUGUUCGAAGUGGACGAAGAUUUGAGAAGGAUUCUGGAAAUGGACGAGCAGCCUACGCCGAAGACCCUAUGAUACUAGGAUUGGGGGAACCCUUUCACCUUACGACAUCCCUUUCGAUGCUAGGGGAGGACGAACUCCAAGCAGACUGGUUAGUAAACAUAUUUGCUGGUAUCAUAAUUUUUUGUAAUCACGACAUGUUUUCGCUAGCUUUAUUCUCCCGCUUACCUGAGCGAUCUCGAUCUUGAGUAGCGUAAGGGAACUUUUGGACGUACAAUUUCUAUCAUUAACCAAAGACAUCUGUGCUCUACGAACGGACAAAGAAUUGGCAAAAUUUGUAAGGAUGAGUUCCAUGUGUAUUAAU